AUGGCUUGGCGAACAGCAGCUCGUCGCGGCGCUCGGCGGUCCUCGACGUCCACUCAGUCGUCUUCGAGUCGCGGUCGCGGUAGUCGACGUCGGGCUCCGACUGAACUGGCGGACCCGGACGUUGCUCGCGGCAUUGACCAAAGCGCAUUGCGCGUGCGCGUGGCGCUUGAACUGUGCUCCGUACACCACGACGCAAAGUCCUUACGUGAUGUUUGCGUGGACUUUGAACGGACCUUUGACGCGCACCGCAGUGCCGCCGUCACAGCGCGUCAUGACGUGCGUGUGGAACUGCUGGAGUGUGGUCUGAACAAGUGGCAGCACGUGGUGGAGUUGCAGCGCGUACUGGCGGCGCUCAAGAGACUGGAAGAGAAUGGCGAGCAACUGGAGCUGCAAGUGGAGACGAUGCUGCAACAGGACGUGAAGAAGAACGAGUGGAAGUUGAGUGUGGGCUUUACUCGAGCGUCGGAGGAUGCGAUUUGGAGAAUUGCCAACAGUUUGAUACUGAGACUAAAGAGCUGCGAGGUGCUGGCUAUGAAGCUGCUGCCGACGCAUCGGUUGGUGGUACCGUUACUUUCUUCGAGUGAGGAACGAAGCGACGUGGAGCAUGACAAGUACCAGUGGAAAGGAAGACUGACGUGGAGUCAGGUAACGCUUGAUGCUGCUGUGGGGGAUCAGCGAGAAGAGAUUCAGCGAGUCGUGUUGCAGCCCAUCGAUGCAGCCAAGCGGGCUUUUUCUGUUGCUGAAAUGCGGUAUCCUGGACUCGCAGAUCUUGUAGACGACAUGCUGCGCAGCAAUGUCGGAAGUGGUAAACCGGUGGUGGUCAUUAUGCGAGGUAUUCCAGGCAGUGGAAAGAGUACGCUGGGGAGAGAACUCGAGGCGCUAUGUGGCCACAAAAGGGUGGCGUUUACGAUGUGCUCGGCAGAUUUGCACUUUGCUACGCCGCGGGGAUACGUGUUUAACGGGAAGGAGCUCAGCGCUGCUCACGGUAAGUGCAAAGACGAUUACAGGAGGGCUGUGACGGGUGCUAUCUCGGAAGGAAAUAAGCAAAGCAGUUGCUAUCAGCAUGUUGUGCUGGUUGAAAACACUAGCACUCAGAAGUGGGAAUAUGCGCCGUACGAGGACAUUGCUCAGAGUUUUGGUUGUCGCGUGCAUAUUGUCGAAAUGAAGUGUCCCGACGUUCUGACAGCAUUGCGGAUGGGUCGACGUAACGCGCAUGGCGUCCCUCCGCUCAAAGUUGUCAGCAUGUAUUUGCGAUGGGAGGAAGACACCCGUGCUCACUCGUUCACGCCCCAAUUUGAGCAUGGCUUACUUUCAGCAAACCCAGUGUCCGAUGGCGAUGUCGGAAACUUGAUUUACGUCGGACUCUUUCUGGACGAGAAGUCGCGUACAGAGCUGGCCGCUCGGAUUCCUGCAGCGCAUGUAAAUAAGUAUGCUGACCAUGUGACAUUGUUUUACCAGCCGAAUCUGCAGUAUGUCCGAGAUGUUGAACUCAGUGCGCUAGGCUCUGUUCGUGGAGUCGAAGUCGUUCAAGACGACCGUGGCCAAGCUCUUCGAGUCGAGGUGGAUCGUAAUUUGCAUCUACAACGGAGAAACAAGAUACCACAUGUCACCUUGUCUACCGCACACCGCGUGAAACCAGUGUAUUCGAAUGACCUUCUGUCCAUCUCCUCCGCCAAGCGAGCUGCAGUUGAUCCGCCGCUCGAUUUAAAAGCUCGUGUUGGAGCUGUUUUUAGCGUUGAAGAGGAGCAAGUGGUAACAACAACAUCACCUUUUGCUGUUGAUGAUUCGGCGUAUGACUCGAGUCGUACCCACCGGGACGUUGACAACGAUGUGUCGCCACAGAGAAGUAACGCUGCCAAGUCAAAGCUGUUUAUUUUGCACGUGAGGGAGUGCGACUUUGCCAAGGAUACUGGUGAGACGAGGACAAAGCUUCGUGGUAUGGCUCAAGUGUUGUACCAAAUGGGGUCUGGCUGCAAGGCACGUUUGCUUUGUAUUCGGAAAUCUCAAACUUCACCAUUGUCGGUUUCGGCGUUGAUGAAGCGAGUGCAAUCUCGAUUCCUUCUCUCGGCAACACAAUCAUUUGACGACGUGGUCAGUUUUUGUGAACCCGUUUCGUCCAACGCUUUCGAUGAGACCAUUUGCAAAUACCUGGAUACUGCUAACUUCGGCCUUUACAAGCAAGUCACAAUACUUACAACUGAUGCAGAAGUUUUGCAACGCCCUUUGUCCGAGGUCAGGUGCUUCCAGGAUUCUGCUCUGAGUGUCUCGUGGAUUGGACAAGAAUGUGCUGUGAGUCGGGACAAAAGGAUGCUGGAAUUUCCGUGCACAAGUAUGUCUGCAAUGCUGGAUUCGCUGGGCAUUAACGUAGAGGAGCGAACGCGCAGUGUCAUUUUGCGAGGCAUCAGUGCUAUCGAGGAGGCUUGGACUCGAGUCUCAGCGGUCAAAGGUGACGGCGCAUUGCAUCGCAUUGAUACGACUAUCAUGAGCAUGUCUUCACCUGUCAUUGGUUUGUGCUUGGUGCUGCCAAGCGGUACUUCUUUCAGCGAAGAAGCAACACUGCAAGAGAAAUUGCUGAGUGAACUGCGUGGCGCUUGCAGUGUCCGGCAUGUUGUCUGUGAUUCGUCCGUCCCGGAUCGUUUCUACUUUAGUCUCUGCACUGCUUCGAGCUACACCCCGGUGUUUUGCGUUCAGAUGUCCUCUCCGUCGAAGGACUGCGGUGGCGCAGUUGACAAGUCUGCUGCUGUCCAGCUGGAGUGCUGGCAGCACCAACUGCAAGCAAGUCGCGAACUGUGUGAUACUGAGCCAUACAGCGUAAUGACUGUACUCGUCCGCGCGAUUCUUUCGAGCCGAUGCAGCAGCCUACUACCGAGCGAGUGCCAGCUUUCUUCUCUGGUCAAUCUCAUCAGUGAACAUUUGGUCUUGCACUAUUUCAAGAGCAUCGAGUCGUGUGGUGAAGUGGAUGCAGUGCCCUCUGCAGCGGAUGUAGCAUCUGGCCGUAUCAUCUAUUCGCUCUACCGGAUGCUGACGUACUUGUCGAAGGUGAACGUGGACGAGUGGCCUGCAAUAUUUGGCGCUCCGCUUCAGACGCUUCAGGGCGACCAAAGAGCUCAAGCGGCAUGGAGCCGCGCGAUGGAAGACGUGAUGCAGUCAUGCUCGGCUGUGAUGGUCAAGUACCCUCGCGUUGCGCAAGGUCUGAGCAGGGCAACUCGGUUGAAUCUGUCGGACCAUCUCGAAGCCAUCUCUGCACUGAUUGAGCCACGAGUCGACCCAACGUACAGCGCUUCUUCUGUACGUGCUGCCGCGAUAGUUUCCAGUCACGUCGAAUGGAGUUUAGUGCAUUCGCUGGCACUGUGCGACAAGCUUCGACACGCUGCUGCGCUGCGGGUAACCCGAGCCGACAAUGACGACAGGAGCACUGAGGAAGACGAUCCUGCCAGACGUGUCUUUUUCUCGUGUGCGCCAAGUGUCGUUGCUCGCCGCAUUGACGUGACGACUUCAUCGCUGGAGAUACUUCGCGACGUCAUGACGAAGACGGGCGAUGCGAGCAAAGCUGCGGAACGCGAUGUCGCUCAUGACGCUACGAGUUGUCACGUCGAGAGUGAAGACGACGGUGCGUGGGACUUGAAUCAGUCGCGGAUCGACAUGCAAUGGGAAGUGGACGCACCCGACGGACGUAGCGAUGUUGUUGAUUAG